AUGGCGGUUGGACGUUUUUCUUGGAGUUCCGUCACUUUAUAUGCUUUUCUGGUUCAGUUUCGCUUUUACUGUUGCUUCUUCGAUGUCGAAGCCUUCGGAAAAGCCAAUGAAAUGCGUAGUGAUGCUUCGGAGUGUGCCAUGGAUUGGCGAAAGGAUUUUUUCUACCCGACUCUGGCUACAUUUCCUCCACGUGGUACGUAUCAUCGCUCCCACGGUAGAAGGUUCUUCUCAACUCGGGUUUCUCUGUAUCCCAACUCAGUCAGCACCUUUAAUUUGAUAAGGCUCUCAACUAGUGGUGACAUUAAUCCUAAUCCUGGUCCCCCACUUAACAGCCCUAAGUGCCCAAUUUGCGAGAGAGCUGUCGCCAAAACUCACCGUGCAAUAGAAUGCGAUAUCUGUCUCCGUUGGUGCCACAUAAAGUGUGGAAGAGUUAACCCAAGUGAAUACAACAAACUUCAACUCCUCGAUCAUUUCUUCUGGAACUGCCCUUUCUGUGAACUGAGGGCUCUUCCCUUUGCCGAUGCCAGUUCUUUUGACUUAAACCUUGACGAUGACGUGGUGUCUGAACCUGACGAAGAUGUUUUCACUACGUUAAAGACUACGAUGGGCAACAACAAGAACUUAAAGAUUGGACACAUAAAUAUCAAUGGUCUUACUAAUAAAUUGUCUGAAAUUCAAUUCCUAUUAAAAGAGGUUGAAUUCGACAUCCUGGGCGUUACUGAGACCCACCUGACCGUAGACCUAUCAAAUGAAUUAAUAAGAAUAUAUGGUUAUAACACGGUGAGAAGAGAUAGAUCAAAUGGCUUGAAAGGUGGCGGCGUGGUAAUAUAUUAUCGCGAUAAUUUGAACAUUUCUGAAAACCUAAAGUGGGACAUUCAUCAGGACUUGGAGGCUGUAUGGAUUAACAUUACCAUAAGAUCACAGUCUACUUUACUUGGCUGCCUAUACCGACCACCUAAAUCAAUCACGUUUUAUGAUGACUUACAUGACCUGCUUAAUAAAAUAUGGAUCAAGAGGAAGAAUGUCAUAUUAUUAGGUGAUUUUAACUGUAAUCUCUUAGCUAAUACGGCAGAUACAGAUCAAGAUGCGCCAUAUGACUGUAAUAGAAUGAAAAGAAUUCUUAGGCGUUUUGGUUACGUUAACGUCAUUGAAUCACCAACGCGCAUCACAGCUAACUCUAAGUCACUUAUCGACCUCAUUAUUGUUAGUCCUAAUUUGCAUGCAUCAAAUGUCUUAGCUGGUUCUAUUGACCUGGGCAUUUCAGACCAUCAUCUUAUAUUUGCUGCCUUUUCUACAAGGAGGAGUAAUUCAAAGCCUAAGCUUAUUACAGUAAGGAACUAUAAGGAUAUGGAUAAUGAAAAAUUCCAGAGGUCCUUAGAGGAAGCUCCAUGGCAUAUUGUGUCUGCUGUAGAGGAUGUUGAGGACAGUGUUUACUUAUGGGAAACCAUGUUUAAAGACAUUAUAGAGUCCAACAUCAAACGAAGGAAUGUGAAGGUCAGACACAAGUCACUUCCCUGGAUCAAUACCGAAAUCAGAAAGGCUAUGAAUCAAAGGUAUAAGUGUUUAAAAGCUGCUCAAGGUAAACCCCAUGAUAAUCCUCAGUGGGACAUCUAUAGAGCUAAAAGAAACGCUGUUAGAAGUAUGCUCAGAAAAGCUGAGGCCUCUUACUGGAUUGGGCUAUUUAAAGAAUCUUCUUCACCUAAAGAUUUCUGGAGAAUAUCUAAUCGUAUACUUGAAUUACUCCCACUAUAG